UAACAGAGUGUAAAUUCUGGAGCGUCGGGUAGAUCUUGGUAGACUUUUUGCAUCUCUGGAGAUCUGUUAAUAUUCGCUUGAGACCUUAAAUAUUCUAAAGUGUACCUAUAUGCAGGUGUCGCCGGAUCGAAAAGAUUGUUAAGAAUCUCACCAUAUGGUUGAGAGAAGGUUGAUUGACAAGUGCAGUUUCAUUUGACAACUUUAAAGUUUUGUGAACCUAACUUUACUAUACUAAGAAUGGGUUCGAAAGUAAUCAAAAAAGAGGAAGGAACAUGGAAGCACCCACUCCAAAUGUGUCGACUUUGCUUGAGCGAUGAGUCUGUUGAAGAUGUAUUUAAAAUAGAUCACCUUCAGCAGUGGAUAUCGGAUUUUCUUUCCAUAAAGAUAUCUAACACUGAUCGUAUGAGUCGUGUUAUUUGCACCAUAUGCCGUAUAAGGAUGGAUGAAUUUUAUCAGUUUCGGGUGCGAUGUCUAGAUGUUCAAAGCACGAUGAAAAAGAUGAUUGAAGAUGCUGAAAGGUUCAGCGAACCUAUCGUCAAAGACACAACGUUUCUUAGUGUCGAUAGCAUCACUGAUAUUCAAUCAAUCGAAAUGGAAGGAUUGAAAAACCAAGGAUUUAAUGAGACAGAUGAUCCGUUAAAAGAUAUUAAUGAAAAGGAUAUUAAACCAUUUGUGGAAUUUGAUACAGAAAAUGAAGUACAAAUAUCUACAGAAGAGUCAAUACCUAGGGUUGUUACGAUUUCCGAGUCCAAGGAAAGUAAUUCUCAAAAUUCCAACCAAGAUGAAAAUGCGUCUAAUGCUAAUGUGGAAUCCCAAGAGGAGGAAAAUUCUGAGAGAAGCUACGACGAUGAAGGGAUGGAGGAUGAUCAAAUCGAGUUGGAUGAUGAUAUUGAGGUGGAGGAAAUCAAAGUUGAGACUCGUGAAGAUGACUAUGAGGAAACUUCAGAUGUUGUUAGUAAAAAUCAGUGCAACGUGUGUCGUAGGGUGUAUAAGACUGGUAAGGGGCUACAUCGUCACAAAAAAUUUGUUCAUGGACCAAAAAACCAUAAGUGCCACAUAUGUAACAUGGCAUACACAUUGAGAAGUGCUCUCACUAGACAUGAAUACACCUCUGCACAUUUGAACAAACUGAAAGAGAAGCUGAAACACCAACGUAACAUUACUCCAACCACAAACCAGAUCCCUAAAAGUAAAAAAUCAAAAUUGCGGCUUCAAGUGUCGAAUCAGAAGAAAAAAGAAAGCAUUGCUGCCACAGAUGGAGAUAAAGGCAAUGCAUACGCGUGUACGAAAUGCAGUCGCACAUUCAAUCGCCAAUGUCAAUUGGAAAACCAUAUGAAAUAUCACGAAAAAGGAGGAGAAGAACGAACAAUAGACAUAGAGGAUGAGGAAUUCAUCGUAGAUGGAACAAAGGCCAUACCACCUGAUUUGAAGCUGCCUUGCGAUAUUUGCCAGAAAGUAUUCUCCGAUAAGUUUAAAUUAUACAAUCAUAAGAGAAUCCAUGGGAAAAAAAGAUUCCACUGCCCUAUUUGCGAAAGGCCAUUUAUUAAUGGGUUUUUGAUGAGAAAGCAUGUGGAAACGCACAAACCACUCGCGGAACGCCAGAAAUUAAUGCCUCCAGUGAAAGAACAAAACAAAGUACUCCAGACAUUCUCGUGUGACUUAUGCCCAAAGACGUACAACCGGCAGCGGUCACUUAUGAAUCACAAAAAAAGUAUCCACGAACCUAAAACUCACGAGUGUGAGAUCUGCGGUUAUAAAUUUCCAUUCCGUGACAAUUUAACAGCGCAUAUGAAAGUUCACAUCUUUCGUCGGCACACUAAAGAGGAUUUUGAACCCUUAAGAAUGAUGCGACAGAAAGCAGCCGCUACAGUUUCCGAGGACAAGAAAGGCGAGGAAAAGGCAAACAAUGAAUCGGAUGAUGAUUCUGAUGACUCUUCAUCACAAUCGGCCACGAAACCGCAGAAAACUGGGCUCAUAUCAAAUCUUUUGAUGGAAAAAUCGGACGAACAAUCAUUCCAAUGCAAUGUAUGUCAGAAAAGUUUUGAGGACUAUUCCCGCCUGAGAAGUCACAAAAGAAUAGUUCAUAAGGCAAGAAAGCAUAAGUGCCCUCUAUGUGAGAGGACAUAUCCUUACAGGAAACCGUUGCUAGUGCACAUGGAGAGUCACAAAUCGGAAUCUGGACCCGCUGAGGAAUUCGAAUGCGGAGAGUGUCACAAGAUAUAUCCAUCGUUCAAAGCUUUGCACUAUCACGUCUCAAACGGGCAUGUCCGGAAAAAAGCUAUCGAAAGUUCCAAUACGUCAUUCGAUUGUCCGAAGUGUGAUAAAUCGUUCCCAACAAUGGCGCAGACGAAGCUUCACAUGAGGACGAUUCAUUCGUCGAAGGAAAACAGAUGUCACAUUUGCAAUCAAACAUUUACGAUAUACGUGCAACUUUGGCAACACAUAAAAAUUUAUCAUGGCACGAAGGAUGUUUCAAAAGAUGAGACAAAGGAUUCCACCAGAGACGUUGACUCGAACCAAAGCUCUGAAAUACCUGCCGGUAGCAAAGCGAAACAAACUGAAAAGUCCGUUGGGAACGAAAUUGCUAAGACUGCCACUAGGAGGCAGCCCCGUAGAAGCGCGAAAUUGAGUUCAGGUGAAAAUUUCGCGGAAUAUUUUGAUUCUUCAGACGAUUCUAGCGUCUCGAUGAGCGAAAAAAGGACGAACUUCAGGGUUUGCGAUGUCAUCGAUUUUGGAGGGCCAUCCACGCUGGUUGUACUGGAUCACUUGUUGGAGAACCGGGCACUGGAGAGUAGCGCCCGAUUUGAACGUAACUGGCAGCGGACUGAUGGCUUCCUGGAGUGGAAUCUCGAUGUCGUCUUCCAGUUGAAUCGAUGCGAUGAUGAAGUCCUCCUCUGGUUUGACGUAACCGUUGAUGAGGCGGGACAGUACGUCGGCAUUUCCAAACUGCGCGGUGGACACGUACUCGAUGUCGAAGUUGUAGCACAGAAGCGUCAGGGCCCAACGUUGAAGGCGGUUGGCCGUGUGAACCGGAAUACCCUUCUUCUGUUCGAAUAUCCGCAGAAGUGGCUGAUGAUCCGUCUGGAGGGUGAACUUGCGUCCGAGCAGCAUCCGAUGGAAUUUCGUUACGGCAAACACCAGUGCAAGACCUUCCUUCUCGAUCUGUCCGUAAUUUGCCUCCGCGGGGGCUUGAAGGCGUUGAAACAGUGCGUUGAGCAUCUUGUGGUGCUCCUCUUCGGUUUUGCUGGCCACGAAGAUGUCGUCCAGAAACGUGUCCACUCCUUCGAGAUCGGCAACCAUGCUGUUCAUCAACUGCAGGAAGGCCCCGGGAGCGGAUUUUACUCCUGGUGCGAGCCGGUUGAAGCGGAAGAGACCUCGAUGCGUGUUGAUUGUGAGCAGAUGCUUCGAGUCGUCGUCAACUUCCACUUGAAGAUAGGCGUCACUCAGGUCGAUGACGCUGAAAUACCGGCACCCAUUGAGCUUGGUAAAGGUGUCAUCAGGGACCGUUUUGUGAACAUUUUUCUGGCUGAUGGACGCAAAAAUGAUUUGGUCUUCAAACUUAAAUUUUCAAGAACAGAAAAUCUUGCAGCUGCUUCGGUAUUGGUUACCACAUGGCGCAGUACAAGCUCUCAGAACAAUAAGUGUUGUGACGUAUGUUUUAAAAUGUACCCAACUGACAAGGUGCUCCAUCGGCAUAAAAAAAUUGUACAUGGACCGAAGAAUCAUAAGUGCCUCAUAUGUAAUAAGGCAUACACAUUAAGAUCCGUCCUCACCAUACACGAAUAUUCGAUUGCACAUUUGACGAAAUUGAAAGAAAGGCUCAAACAUCAACGUAACCUUCCUGUCACUACAAAUCAGAUCCCUAAAAGCAAAAAAGCCAAGUUACGUCUUCAAGCGCAAAAACUCAAGGAAAGUGAGGCUAAUGGUGUGCAGUCAAUUAUUUCUACAAAAGGAGAUGGAGAUGGAAAUGGGUAUGCGUGUACUAAAUGCAGUCGCAUAUUUAAGCGCCAAUGUCAAUUGGAUAAUCAUAUGAAAACUCACGAAAAAAGAGAAGAAGAACAAACUAUUGGCAUAGAGGAUGAGGAUUACAUCGUGGAUGGAACAAAAGCCAUACCACCCGACGUUGACUUGAAACUGCCUUGCGAUGUUUGCCAUAAGGUAUUCGCAGAUAAAUAUAAGCUGUACGGCCACAAAAAAAUCCAUGGGAAGAAAAGAUUCCAUUGUCCUAUUUGCGAAAGGCCUUUCAUAAAUGGGUUUUUGAUGAAAAAGCAUGUAGAAACGCACAAACCUCUUGCCGAAAGACAGAAAUUAAUGCCGCCAGUGAAAGAACAAAAUGAAAUACUUGAGACAUUCUCUUGCGAUUUGUGCCCAAAGACGUACAACCGGAAGCGAGCACUAAUGACUCACAAAAAAAGUAAACACGAGCCUAAAACUCACGAGUGUGAGAUCUGCGGUUAUAAAUUUCCAUUUCGUGACAAUCUAACAAAGCAUAUGAGAACCCACGUUUUGCGCCGACAAACUAGAGAAGAUUUUGAACCGAUAAGAAUGAUGCAACAAAAAACAACCAAUGCUGCUCCCGAUGUUGAGAAGGAAGCUGCACAGGCAGAUAGCGAAUCGAAUGAUGAUUCUGACAACUCUUCAUCACAACCGGCAACAACACCUAAAAGAACUGGACUUAUAUCGGCUCUUUUAAUGAAAAAGUCGGAUGAACAAUCAUUUCAAUGCAAUGUAUGUCAGAAAAGUUUCGAGGACUACGCACGUCUGAGGUCUCACAAGAGAAUAGUUCAUAAGGCGAGAAAGCAUAAGUGUCCUCAAUGUGAAAGGACCUAUCCUUACAGAAAAGCAAUGUUAAUCCAUAUGGAGAGUCACAAAUCAAAAGACGGGCCCGCCGAAGAAUUCGAAUGCGGAGAGUGUCACAAGAUAUAUUCGACGUUUAAAGCUUUGCACUGCCACGUGGCAAACAAACAUAUCAAAAAGAAAGCAUACGAAAAUCCCAAUCUGUCGUUCGAUUGUUCAAAGUGUGAUAGAUCGUUCCCAACGAUAACGCAGAUGAAAUCUCAUGAUAGGAUGGUCCAUCCAACAAAGGAAUAUCGAUGCCACAUUUGCAAUCAAAACUUUAGGAUAUAUGUGCAACUUUGGCAACACAUGAAGCAUUCUCAUGGAACGAUAUUGAAGGAGUUUGGAGCGGGAGAUAACUGCACACCUGAAGAUACUGAUCGAACUGCUAAAGGGUCGAAGGAUUCCGAUGGAGAUGAUAAUUCAGAGCGAAGUUUUGAAUCAUCCUACAGUAGCAAAGAUAAACAAGCCGAAAAGUCCAAAAGUCAGUCGGCCACUAGAGCGCAGCCUCGUAGAAGUGUGAAAUCGAGCACUGUUGAUAAUUUUGCGGAAUACUUUGAUUCUGCAGACAGUCUCUAAUAUCGGAUUGAGUUACAUGGUUGAAUAUGUAAUACUUUUUAAUAACAGAUUUGCUUAAUCGACAUACGCAAAAUAAGUUUCUCAUUUUAAACAUGAUUAAUGAAUAAGAAGCGAUUGUAGUCAGUAAUAAUUGCCCAGGUAAGAUGUGACAAAUUUUAAGUGGAAAUGAAAUCCGAUGUUCUUUUACUCUAUAGGAUUAAAGUCAAAUUUCACUAGUUGAGCUAUCGUUGGUUCAUCUACACUUUAA